CUCAGGAAGAUGCCUACAAUAACUUUUCGAACAAUUACGCAACUGUCUUUCACCAUGGAUCUCGAGCCUUCGUUAACGGUCGCUGAUGUAAAAAAGAAAAUCGCCGACGAGAAAGGCGAGGAUUACGCCGUGGAGCUCCAAAAAUUGAUUUACAACGGCAAGAUUCUUGAUGACAGUUUGACAGUUGAGCAAGUGGGUAUCGAUCCUAAUAAAUUCGUUGUUGUGAUGCUAUCGAGGAAGAAGGCACCGGCUCCAGAAUCGACGCCGGCAGCUGCUCCUGCUGCGGUUGCCGCACCUGCCCCUGCAGCAGUUGCGGCACCGGCUUCUGCAGCGGUUUCAGCACCAGCUCCAGCAGUUGCACAGUCUGACACAGGAGCUAGCACAACUGAGAAGAAAGCAGAAGGUGCUGCGGGUUCAGCCGCAGCGACUUCCACACCAGCACCGGCCUCUGGAGAAGCUAAACCUGAAUCCACUCCCGCACCUGCUGCUGCGCGGUCCUUCACUCCUGAUCAACAGUCCGCAAUCGACGCCAUCCAAGCUAUGGGUUAUCCACAUGAUCAGGUUGUAGCUGCACUCCGUGCGGCUUUUUGGAACGCAGAUCGUGCUGUCGAAUAUCUUCUGAAUGGAAUACCUGACGAGGAACAGAUUCCUAUCGAAGUGGGAGGUGAAGAAGAGGAAAGCGAACAAGGUGAAAGCGCAGCAUCUCAGUUGGAGGCACUUCGCCAAUUACCUCAAAUGGACGAACUGCGUAAUCUUGUUCGGUCUAACCCAGAGAUUCUCCCAUCUUUGAUACAGCAAAUCGCAUCUGUGAAUCCUGAGCUGAUGGAGGUAAUCCAAAACAACCAAGAAGAAUUUCUGCGUAUUCUGAAUGCCCCUCCCAGUUCCGGUAGCGCACAGCCAGCUGGUGGUGGAGAAGGAGGUGCAGGCGGUAAUCAGAAUCCAUACUCUGGACGACACGUUAUCGACCUCACUGAACAAGAAGCAGCUGCUAUUCAACGCAUAAAAUCACUUGGAUUUCGAGUUUCGGAUGGGCUUAUAAUAGAAGCUUACCUAGCGUGCGACAAGAAUGAGGAAAUGGCUAUAGAUUACAUCUUGAACAGAAUGAGUGAAGAUGAUAUGUGAUAAACUGUAAAGCUGUUGAUGGUACAUGCAAACUGUCAUGUCCGCCAUGUCUGUCAUUUUUGUGAAACAUAAUUGCCAUUUUCUCCUCACAUUUAUUUUUCUUGUACGGUAGAAUGUUUGCUGAGGGCAUGAACUGUAAUGUUCGGUGGACUGAGAUCCUCGAUCUUCGACGGUCGUUCGUUGGUUUCCUGUAUGGAUGGCUUCAUUCUGGUGUGCGUUUAUUAUACUGGUCUUUUACUUCUCAAUGUUUAGAGAGUAUCGAAAACGUUUAUUGAUUUGGUUCGUUAAUAAAUUAUAUCCUUCUA